UGCUCUUUUAAAAGGGUGUCGUUGCCUGGAAAUUGACUGCUGGGAUGGCUCAAACAAUGAACCUGUUGUGUAUCAUGGUCACACUUUAACGAGCAAAAUUCCAUUUCAUUCUGUAAUUCAAGUGAUAGACAAGUAUGCAUUUCUGGCAUCUGACUAUCCAGUUGUACUGUCUUUGGAGAACCACUGCAGCCCUAAGCAACAGGAAGUAAUGGCAGACUAUUUAGAAAGUAUUCUAGGUGACAGACUUCUUACUUCAACAAUUGGUGAUACAGUGGUGACUCAACUACCUUCUCCUGAGACAUUAAAAUUCAAAAUUCUGGUAAAAAAUAAAAAAGUUGGAACAAUUGAGGAAGGUAUACUCAGGAGAGAUCUUGACAGUCAUGGUGAGACGGGGGAAAUUUCUGAAUUUGAAAAUAUAUCCGAUGAAGAUGAGACUGAUGAAAAAGCCCCUCUUUACCCAAAGAGUGAUUCCUCAAAAAGAAAAAGUGAACGUAGACCCUCACCCCCACCUCGAAAAAAGGCAAAGCUGAAGAAGACAAAAAUUGCCAUUGCGUUAUCGGACCUUGUGAUUUAUACCAAAUCUGAGAGAUUUGUGAGCUUUGAGCAUUCCCUAGCUAAUCAGAAGUGCUAUGAAAAUAAUUCAAUUGGAGAGGUUCGAGCACGAAAAUUUGUAAAACAUUCAGCUAAAGAGUUUGUUUCACAUACUUCAAGAUUCAUUACAAGAAUCUACCCCAAAGGAACAAGAACGACCUCUUCAAAUUAUAAUCCUCAAGAGUUCUGGAAUGUGGGGUGUCAAAUGGUGGCCUUAAACUUCCAGACAUCGGGAGUACAAAUGGAAUUGCAAAAUGGAAAAUUCCUAGACAAUGGUGGUUGUGGUUAUAUUCUGAAACCAGAAUUCUUGAGAAAUCGCAAUUCAACAUUUACCCCACACAAUGUGGGAAGAUACAGUAAACCAAUGUCUCUGUCAAUAAGGCUCAUCUGUGGUCAUCAGUUACCACCCAGUAACCUGUCGAAGACCAACAAAGCUGACCCUUUAGUGCAGAUAGAAAUUUACGGUGUGCCAGAAGAUCAAGCAAAAAAAAAAUCUAGUGUUAUAAAAAGCAAUGCUUUGAACCCUAGAUGGGAUGAAACUUUCUCUUUUACUGUCCAAGUUCCAGAACUGGCAUUGAUACGCUUCUGUGUGGAAGAUGAGAUAUCUUUGGUUGCAAAUGAAUUCCUUGGUCAAUACACUUUACCACUGCUGAGCUUGAGUAAAG